AUGGGCACACGCCCUGUUCACAUUUACGCUCCACCGAGCUUGACCAGUUGCAUCGACAUUGUGAAUCGAGCCACCGCGCCUUAUCACAAUGAAAGGCCAACACGUGGAGCUAUAAUCUCAUUUGAUUUCAAGUAUCCUUCAAGUAUAUUCUUUGUCGAAAAAGAGACCGAACCGAAAUUCGAUCUGAACUUUACGAUUCAAAUCGAAGAUGAGUAUCACGGGCCUGUGGAGAUCCAAGCUGUGGAAGUCAAUCACUUCAACCUUGACAACAACAUCGCCGAACUACUGAACGAGUCAAAAAAAUUUCCGACGUUCGAAAUUGAACGUUUGCCAGAAAAUAGAGUCAGAGCUCAGAUUCACUCGCUUGAUGAUUAUUGUAAUUGGGGAGACAAUAACGUCCGAUUCGUGGUGCUUUCAAACGUCUAUCCAUCAAACAUCGACGUCUCGAUAUCGUUGCUUACUAGAGAUGGAACUCAUCAGCUCAGGGGGGCUUUUACCGGUGCUAGUCGCCCUUAUAUGGCCUCAUGGCCCAACGAAGAAAAGCUUCACGAACUAUUAUCUUGGUCAGCAGGGCUCGGAUAUGUCGAAUUGUUCAAAGCAUAUCUCGAUCAAGCACCACUUGGACUUGAAAAGGAAGAUGCAUUUGGGAUGACACCGUUCUCUUGGGCAGCCCAAAGUGGUUGCGCUUCAGUAGUCCGUGUGGCACUGCAACAAGCUGGCUCUAUUUAUGCCAGGAGAAGCACUGCUCGAGGUCCUGCCCCUCUCGAAGCUGCAGCGCGGAGCAAGAAUAAAGACAUUUUUGAGUCAUUCCUCAAAUGGCUCAAAUAUCUUGAAAGUCCGGUAGCAAUAGAUAAGCCACCUGAGCCAAACGAGAUUCCCGAACACGGCUCCAGCCUCGCUGAUGACGAUAUCGAAGGAGAGAUUCAUUCAGCGAUCCGCAAUAAACAAACGUUUACUACUCAAAGACUGGUUGAAAUACUCUACAAACUUCAAGGUGGACGUGAUGAAAAAAAAUGGCUAGCCAAUAGAAUCGUCGAGGCGGCGGAGAAGGGAGACCUCUAUUUGGUUCAAGCAUUGAGAUCUUGCGGCGCGGAAGUUAACUGCGAGAAUGAGGGUAGUGUUACACCACUUAUGGGCGCUAUCAACAACAAAAACAACACAAAAGUUGCUGAGUAUCUUAUUCUUCAAGGUGCUGAAGAUGACGAUGAUUCUUCUGCCUUGAAAAGAGCUGUGAAAACUGGCCAACACCGUACGAUUCGAGCAUUAUUGCAGGUCAAAAUACAGAUGGAAGAGGGCUUAAAAAAAAGAUUACAAGACAUUGCAAGCAAAAAACAAGACUCAACAACUCUCAUGCUACUCCGGCUGGAGAAGGGAACCGAAAAGUUAGCGGCGCCCAAAGACUUGGACCAAGAAGUCGACAAGCUUUUUGGAGCAACAGUGGUGGAAUUUUCCGAACACCAAAGCCCCAAAUUUACGGAACUUACUGUAAAUGCAUUGUUGCAGGAAUCGGAGGACUUGUUCGAUUUAAACGACAAAUCCAACUUUAAAUGGUUUCAUUUGCCGGCAAAUAAUAUGAAGUGGGUUGAGGCUUUGAUGGGUAAAAUCUAUUACGAAGAUCCAUCGUUAGCUUAUAAAGUCCUAGACCCGAAGAGAUGGAUAAAGAGACAACAUGAAGGAGCCAAUGGCUCUUCGCAUGCCCGCUUUAUGAUGUCAGCAUGUCACGAUUUCCAAGAAGCUUUUGCUAAUAAAAAGAAAAAUGCAGGCGAAAAGGAGGACAGACACGUAGUUCUCUUUGUUAGUACCAUGGACGAUUGGAUGCCAUAUCUACAUUGGGAUGAUGAGGUGGCAAUGCAAAAAAGAUCAGAAUUACUCGAGCCACCUCCUAAAACCUCAACUUCCAAGACCGCUGCAAAUGUACCGUCCACCAGCUCUACGACCCCGCCACUACCAACUACUGAGACACAGAAUGAGCCUCAUGAAUCGAUUUUGCGGAGGGAAAGCAUGCUCAUAGAAAAAUAUUUGUUGUCUGAACUCGACCACGAUAAAAAUUCUCGCCACCUUCUCCAUGUUCGGCGGACGUUGGAUCAGUCUCUAUAUCAUAAUCUGAAGGACACAAAAAUUCGAGACGCUGAUCAAACGGUUCGUCGGUAUCAAAAGAUACUAAACAAAGACAAAAACCCCGACGAGGUGGUCCCGUUCACAGUCAUAAUGGUAGAUCAGCUUUGGCUGUGGAUUCUUCUUGGCCCAUCAGGAAAAGCGCAGGCAGUCGUAACAUGCUUUCCAUCCAGAGAUUGGCUCGACGUUAAUGCGUCAAGCAGCAAAAUACUUGACCCACAGCGAACUACCGACGUUUUACAGACCACAAAAUCCUAUAUUCAACAGAGGCCUGACGCUGUUAAAACACCAUAUGAUCUUGCAGGGGUUAUUGCCAGCAGAUGUUCAAGAGCGCUUCUGGAUCACUCAACCGAUAUGCUUGACUUCACAGAAGUUUAUGAAAACUCUAUCAGUUACAUUAUGAAUGAAGAAGUCGUGCUUUUCAAUACUUUUAAUUACCUAAUGCAAACCCGAACAGGAGCAAUAGAAGAACAUCAAGCAGGGAAUCAACUAAAAAAAAACGCUAGUCAAUCAAAAAUUGACUCUCGUUUAGCGAUGGAAAUUAUAAAGAAAAUAGACACUCUGAGCUCUAACCCCGAAAUCAUCGAGGAGAUGAAAGAGUGCUGUCGAGAAUAUCGCAAAUACGCCCGACUUACCGAAAUCCCCAAUGAAAAUGAAAUCAAAGGAUUAAAGGAAAAAUUGGCUAACGACGAGGCGCGCCUUACCAGGCUUCUUGCAAAAUUCGGUCGGUUUUUUGUGCUUGACAUCACCAGAGAGAUCUUUCUCCUCAGGCAGAUCAAAGAUAUCCAAGAUGAAUUAGGAAUGAUGGGUAAGGUCUUUGCUGAACAAAAGGAAGUGAUUGAAGCUAUGGAUCGAAUCAUUCGCGCCAUGAUUCGGCCUAAACUGGAUCCAAACGACAAUAGGAAGACCAGACCUCCGAACACUGAAAUCAACCCGAGAAGAAGUCUUAUCAACCUCAACCCGCAAAGAGAGCGUAAUGAUAGCAUUCAUAACUUUUUCUUUCAAUACAGACAGUCAAAUACAGAUGGGUCGGAUCUAAUCGACGAGUCUAGCAGCAUUGACGAAGAUGAAGACUCAAUCGCAUAUGGGCCACUGGGGCAUCCUUCUAGGGACGCUCAGAAGAAAGAAGACUUCAUGAAACAGGCUCAAAGUAUCAUUUGGCACGUUCGUCACCAGAAGCAUAACCUACCGCUUCGUACUGUCGAUAGAUUUGCGAACCUUGUUGAGAAAAUGAAUGAGCGAGCAAAAAACGCCAACAAGGCAGUAAGUCAACUUUCUUUUUCUUUACACCAUCUGUUUCUGAAUUUGACGAAUCUAGUUGAUCUAAAACAGAAACAGAGUAACAUGAUUGACACCCGAACUACUCGUCUCCAAGCCGAAGAAUCUCACAAAAUGGCAUUGGAGUCUGAAAAACAAAGUAGAACACUUAUGGUAUUCACAUUUGUCACAAUCUUCUUCUUGCCUUUAUCAUUCAUCGCUGCUUUCUUUGCCAUUCCCGUCGAAGAAUUCAACAAUAUAACAUUGGACUUCGUAUCAAUGAUAAC